CGCGGCUUCCGCUGAAACCGCGACGACCGCUGCAGGUCUCCCCAGGUAUCCCCAGGUAUCCUCAACCCCACCAUGGACCCCUCCUCGUGGGACUACAUCUGGAACGACACCGGGAACGACACCGGGAACGACACCUCCUACUACGACCUCCUGGACCUGGACGCGGCCGAAAUCCCGCUCGGCCACCGCGUGGUGCUGACCCUCUACGCCGUCAUCUUCCUGCUGGGCGUGCUGGGCAACGGCGCCGUGCUCUGGGUGACCGCGGCCGAGCUGCGCCGGACGGUCAACGGCGUUUGGUUCUCCCACCUGGCCUUGGCCGACCUCCUCAGCUGCUUGGCCUUGCCCUUCUUGGCCUUGCCCUUGACCACUGACCACCACUGGCCGUUGGGACUCUUGGCCUGCAAGGUGUUGCCGUCCUUGAUCGUGUUGGCGAUGUUCGCCAGCGUCCUCCUGCUGACGGCCAUCAGCGCUGACCGCUACGCGCUGGUGGCUCGUCCGGUGUGGUGCCACAACCACCGGACGCCCCGCUUGGCCCACGCCGCUUGCGCCGGCGCUUGGGCAUUGGCCACCGUGUUGACCGUGCCGUCCUUCAUCUUCCGCACCGUGCGCGUCGAGGAUUUCUCCCCCAAAACCCCCUGCGUGAUGUCCUACGACGCCGUGCGGUCGCACCAGCGCGGCGCCGAGCUGACCACCGCCGUGGCGCGGUUCCUCUGCGGUUUCCUGGCGCCCUUCGCGGUCAUCUCGGCGUGUUACGGCCUCCUCUUGAGCCGCGUCCGGCAGAGGGGCUUGGGUCGGUCGCAGCGGGCCACCAGGACGGUGCUGGUGGUCAUCGUCAGCUUCUUCGUCUGUUGGUUGCCGUACCACGUGGUGGGGUUGGUGCUGGCGGCCAGCGCGAAGGACACGGCGGCGUUCAGCGGCGCUCAGGCCGCCGACCCCGCGGUGGCUGGGUUGGCGUACGUCAACGGUUGCGUCAAUCCCAUCAUCUACCUGGUGAUGGGGCGGGGUUUGGGGCAGGUGAAGCGCUCGUGGCGGGCGUUGCUCAAGGGGGUGCUCAGCGAUGACCCCACGAGCGUGGCCGGGAGCAGCAAGGGACGGAGCGUGGCCACCGCUGAGGAGGGCAGCGAGGGCACCGCCGUGUGAGGGGGUGGCCGUUGGGGUCGUGGUCAUCGUGGUCAUGGUCAUUGUUGUCAUUGUU